AUGUCGACAGCCACAGAAGCCCAGAAAAACCUUCUUUACAGGCACAGAUUGGCACACGAACUAUCGGAACUCUGCCCUGAAUACUCUGGAUACUCCCACUUGCUCUUCCGCGCCGGCGUGGAGAAGUCAGAGCAAUCCAUCCCCAAACAACACAGUGAGCUGUAUCCGCACUGUCCAAAGUGCGGCAGCAUGCGUCGAUCUGUUACUACGUCCACCCGCUCUAGACGCUCUAUCGCAUCCGCCAAGAAGAAGCUUAGAAGAAAGCAAAGGAAGGCGCAAGAGCACGGCGAACAAGGUUCCAAGGAAGGCGAUAUAAUCAGGAACUACAUCAUAGCUCAUUGCCUCACUUGCCAUUUCGUUUACAGCUUGCCAGGCUCCUCUGUCUCCAACAUCCGCGAUUACGAGUCGCGCAAGCGGAAAUAUCUCAGUGAUUUGACUUACGAUCCUUCAAUCAUAUUGGAGGAGAUGAGCUCUGGUGGCUCGGCUUCUUCAAGUAGGGCAGCCUCACCUAUGCCUGUGUCUCAGCAGUCACAUGAGUCACAACCACAGACAAAUACCAGCAACAAGAAAAGGAAGAAAGGCAAACAUCCUUCAAGUCUACAAGAACUUCUAGCUCGAAACAAGGUUCGCGAAAUGGACAAAAACAGCAAGAGCAAUACCAAUAGCAAUAGCAGCUCGCAACCUAAUACACCCAGCUCCGGUUUGGGUGCUUUUUUAUCAUCCUACGACUGA